AUGCAUUUGUCCAAUAUUAAUAUUGUAUUUGUUUAUAAUUUAAAAUUAAUUCGAAUAAUCUGGUUUGAUUUUAGUUUGUACUCAAGUAUGUCGUCUGCCGAUACAGAUUGGCAUACUAAUAUAUAUUCUAAUUUUUAUGGAACACAAACUGACUAUGGAAAAAUAUUCAGUAAACUCCGCAGACCAGCAGUUGAUUUCGUAUUCUUCUUAACUGAUGCGGAUUAUAGCUUUAAAGUUGUAAAGUGUACAGCUGAUGGGACAAUAAAAGAGGACGGAGAUCACCUGACAGAAGUCCCCAUGGUCAGGUUAUACGGAGUUACUAAGGAACAACAAAGUGUAUUAGUUUGUGUUGAUGAUUUUAACCCUUACUUCUACAUUGAGAAACCACCAGACUUGUUAGAUGAGUACUUUGAUGAUUUGAAAAGAGUAUUCAAUAAAUACCUGAGUGAGCAGAAUCAAUUCAAGAAAUCACUACGCUAUGUGUUGGAUAUACAAAAAGUGCGACUUACAUCUCUGAUGAUGUAUGAUGAGAAUGGAGAGAAGGAUUUCCUUAGAAUUGUGGUGUCUUCACCCAGGAUGGUAUCUAACCUGAGGUCAUUUAUUGAGUCUGGAGUUGACCUUUCAGUUGAAGGUGACUCGGUUUCAAUUCCAUUGUUCAGACAGACAUAUGAAGCUAAUCUGCCCUAUGUACUUCGAUUUCUGUUAGAUAACAAUGUCAUUUGCGGCUCUUGGCUGAUGAUACCACAUAAUACAUACACUCUAAAUGACCCUAAAAACUUCUCAGCCCUGCUUAGUAAUUGUAAUAUUGAAGUUAACUGCGGUCACAGCGAUAUCAUAAAUUUACCACUCCAUAACGAAUAUGAAACAAUAGGCCCAAUUAAGAUAUUAUCAUUUGAUAUCGAGUGUAUUAAACUCAACGGAACAGGAUUUCCUAAUGCUAAUAAUGAUCCUGUAAUACAAAUAAGCAGUGUGAUACACACUCACGGUAAUGACCUUAACUGUACUAAGAAUUUCGUUUUCACACUAAAGGAAUGUGAUAGUCUGGCAAACUGCACAAUCCUGUCAUUUGACAAUGAGGAACAACUGUUGUUGGCGUGGAACGACUUUGUCACCUUUGUUGAUCCCGACUUCCUCACAGGAUAUAACAUAAUUUUAUUUGAUCUUCCAUAUCUUCUGACACGCAGUAGUGUUCUUAACAUUGAAGCAAGGUUUAAGAAAUUGACUCGCAUCAGGAGUGUAAACUGUAAUUUCAAAGACUCAAUAUCAAACAAUAACAUUUUGGGACUUUACGAGAAUAAGGAAAUUAACAUCGAAGGGAGAAUUCUGUUUGAUGUCUACGAUUUAGUGCGGAGAGACUACAAACUUAAGUCAUACUCACUUAACUUUGUCUCAUUUGAAUUUCUCAAACAACAGAAGGAAGAUGUACAUUAUUCAACAAUAUUAAAGCUCUUCAACGGGAAUAAUAAUGACAGAAGAAGAAUUGCAAGUUAUUGCUUAAAGGAUUCAAUAUUACCCCUACUCCUCAUCAAUAAACUGUUGCUACUGUAUAAUUAUAUUGAAAUGUCCAGAGUCACAACCACGCCCAUCAAACUCCUAAUUACACGGGGGCAGCAGAUAAGAGUGACGAUGCAGAUAUAUAAGCAGUGUAAGAAGAUGAACUAUGUGAUACCAGUGAUAGCUGGUGGUGGGAAAAGCAGCAGUAAUGAGAAUAGCUAUGAAGGUGCCACAGUCUUAGAACCGCUGAAAGGAUACCAUAAGAACCCGAUUUCAGUGUUAGAUUUCCAGUCUUUGUAUCCCUCAAUCAUGAUUGCACACAAUAUUUGCUACUCUACACUGCUAAACUACAACACCAUCAACAACUACAAACCUGAAGAUAUUGUGACAGUGCCUGGGUACAAUGACAUUUGUUUCAUAAAUGUUAAAAAGCGCAAAGGAAUUUUGCCAAUAAUAGUUGAGAACCUGAUCAAUGAGAGGAAGAAGGCCAAGAAGAUGAUGAACGAGUGUAAGGACGAGAUGUUAAAGAAGGUCUACGACGGUAGACAGUUGGCCCUCAAGAUAACAACCAACUCAGUGUAUGGUUACACUGGAGCAACUAGUGGAGGGUUUUUACCGUGCAUUGAUGUGGCAACAGCGAUCACAUCGUUUGGAAGAAACAUGAUUGUAAACACCAAGGACCUCAUUGAGGAGCAUUUUAGCAGGAAAAACGGGUUCAAAUUUGACAGUAAGGUCAUUUACGGUGAUACUGACUCUGUGAUGAUUAACUUUGGAACUGACGACAUACAAGAAGCUAUUGAUUUGGGCAAGAGUGCUGCAGAUUUAAUAACGAGUAAAUCAGUAAGACCAAUAACGCUAUUGUUCGAGAAGGUGUAUAAGCCACUGCUUUUACUAAGUAAAAAACGUUACGCCGGAUUAUACUAUGUUAAUAGCGAAAAUUAUGAGAAAAUCGACUGCAAGGGAAUUGAGAGUGUGAGGAGAGACUUCUGUUUGCUAAUUCAGCAGAUGCUGGAGAAAAUAUUAUAUUUACUUUUGGUGAAGUUGGACCUUGAUGGUGCAAUUGAGUUUGUAAAACAGAAGGUUUCAGAACUCUUAAAAAAUGAUAUUGACGUUUCACUCCUCGUUAUUACCAAGACACUGGGGAAGGUGGAUUAUGAACAGAGAUUACCACAUGUUGAGUUGGCUAAAAAGUUGCGAAAACGCGACCCCGGCAAGGCACCCGGUGUUGGUGACCGCAUAAGUUAUAUCAUUGUCAAGGGCACCAAAGGUGAACCGUUGUUUGAUAGGGCUGAAGAGCCUUUAUAUGUAACUGAGAAUAACUUACCAAUUGAUACGAAUUAUUACUUGGACUCUCUAAAGAACGUUUUGCUGAGAAUUUUUGAAGUUGUGAUGAGUAACCCAAACUCACUUUUCAGCGGAGAACACACCCGAUCAAUAAACAUAAACAGUACCACCAAGGGCUUAAUGAACAAAUUCCUAACCAAGAUUAGACGCUGCUUGUCCUGUAACAUAGUUUUAAACAAUACGACGGAAUCUACCGAGGUGUUUUGCUCCAAUUGUAACACGGGUAGAAAGCAACAGAUUCUGCUUGAUAAACUAACUACCUGUCGUCUUAAAGAGGAUCUCUACCAUAAACUUUGGACUCAUUGUCAGAGAUGCCAAGGAAACUUACACAAUGCGGUGAUGUGUGAUAAUAGGGACUGCCCAAUUUUCUACAGGCGAGUCAAGGUUGCCAAGGACCUUUCACAACUCCAAAGCACGUUAAGCACACUUCAACUACAAUAUACAAACUAACACUGUACAUCAACAGAAUAAUAUAAUGUAAUGUUGUUUUAUUUA